AUGUCACAGCAGGAGGCAAGCGGGAGUCGUUCUUCCACGGCAGCGGCAAGUUCUUCAGCAGAGGAUGACUGGAGCUCGGUCACGGACCCGAGCGAGAGGAGGAAAAUCCAAAAUCGCAUUGCUCAGCGCAAAUUCAGGGAGAAGAUGCGCCAACAACAAGAGGAUCGAGAACGACAGAUAGAGAACGAGCGGCGGGCCAAGGGCGCGUAUACUGCUCCAGAGCCGGGUGAUGUUGACGACUUGGGGGAAUCUGGUAUUCCUUGGGGUAGCUUUUCUUUGCGACAUGUCAUCGCGAGAGGCAGGCAGAAAGAGCAGAGCUCAAGAGAGACAUCGCCCCACGCGGCUGCAUCGAGAACAGGCGGCAGUUCGAGGGUCGGCCUCCAGCUCAUUGAUGAGUACGCCAGAGGCUCUCCUGCCUGGGCAGCAUGGAGGGACCGAGUUGGCUUGGGAGAGCAGCGGCCUCCGCCCGAUGCGAUUCCACGAUCGAAUGAGCAGCGGAUAUGA